AUGGCCAUGCGAGGGCUGGCUCUGGCCUUUCUCCUGGUGCUUGCCCCUCUGCUGCUUGUGUGGGGACAGAAGGACGCUGGUCCCAAGAACCAGGCGGGGGCCAAGGAAGCAGAAAUGUGCCAAAGACCCUGGUGGGACCAAAGACUCCAGCUGGCACCAGACCAGGAGAAUUACAAGAAAAACGAGGAAGUGAGGCUGAGCUGUCCCAAGGGUUUCCAGCCAUCCUUCACCGAAAUCAAAUGUUCAGGCAAAGUUCAGCCCAUCAGUUAUGGGAAUCCUGUGUACAGUGACCUAUGGUUGGGAAGGGACAUCACAGGCGUUUGGAUCCGCAUUCAGUCCAGUGUGGAGUGCAUCGACGUCCUCCAGGUUGUCCCUGGGACCUUGGAGGUUUCCAGCACCAGCAUCAAACUGAACUGGACCUGCAGGCUCCCUGAUGCCUGCCAGCAGGUUCGGGCCAGGUGCCGGCUGGAAGAGCAUUCCACCCUUCCCUGUGAGGCUGAGGAGGUGAAAGGAGAGGAGAUGCUCCAUGGCCAGGAGGGAACAUUUACCUGCCCCCCUCUGCAGCCCUUCACUGUCUACAGUGUCACCAUCUCACUGCUGCCCAGCACGAUCCUUUUCACACGGCUCCUCAGAACAAAGGAAACGGUGCCGGACAAACCGGAGAAGCUGUGGCUGGAUCCCAGCACAGGGUCCCUCAGGUGGAAGGCGCUGCCCUCCUGCAAGGGGGAGAUCAUCGGAUACCAGCUGAACAUCACGGCCAGGAGAGCACACGAUGGCAGCUUCCUUGAAUUCAAUCAGGUGUUGGUGAACCAGUCUGCCACUCAGUACACGCCGCCUCAUCAGAUACCUGGAAGCAAAUACACAGUGACAGUGCAGGGCCUGACGGCAGCUGGUGCUGGGGCUGCAUCACGCCUGGAAUUUCGAACCUAUGUCUCAGGGCAGCCUUUGGGUCUGUGGCCUGGGUCGGUGGUCAUAGUAGUGGUGGUGGUGUUGGUGCUGGUCCCCGUGGCUGCAGGGAUCCUGUGCUUUCUGCUGUCCAGGAAAAGGAAGGCUUUGCCCAGGAAAGCCGAAGAGGAUCAUUACACAGAGCUCCAGCCCUAUGAGAACUUGGAUAAUUACUGCGUGAUCAAGGGGACUCUUCUGGCAGAGGAAGAUGCAGGUAAAGGUGGCCAGGCUGGAGAGCUGUUGCCCCAGCCCUUGCCUGUUCUGGAGUCCUCAGGAGACAGUCAGAGCAGUGAGGGAAAGAAGAUGGGUCGGAUGUCCAACACUCGGUGCUGA